AUGAUGCUUAUCCCCACCCACCACUUCCGAGACAUUGAGCGGAAGCCGGAGUACCUCCAGCCGGAGAAGUGCAUCCCGCCUCCCCACUCCCGUCCCGCGGGAACGAUGUGGUUCAUCCGCGACGGCUGCGGCAUCGCCUGUGCCAUCGUCACCUGGUUUCUGGUCCUCUACGCGGAGUUCGUGGUCCUCUUCGUCAUGCUGAUCCCGUCCCGGGACUACGUGUACAGCGUCAUCAACGGACUCGUGUUCAACCUGCUGGCCUUCCUGGCCCUGGCUUCCCACUGCCGGGCCAUGCUGACGGACCCCGGCGCGGUCCCCAAAGGGAACGCCACGAAAGAGUUCAUCGAGAGCCUACAGCUGAAGCCCGGGCAGGUGGUCUACAAAUGUCCCAAGUGCUGCAGCAUCAAGCCUGACCGAGCCCACCACUGCAGCGUCUGCAAGCGGUGCAUUCGGAAAAUGGACCACCACUGUCCCUGGGUCAAUAACUGUGUCGGCGAGAACAACCAGAAGUACUUCGUCCUGUUUACAAUGUACAUAGCUCUCAUUUCCUUGCACGCCCUCAUCAUGGUGGGAUUCCACUUCCUGCACUGCUUUGAAGAAGACUGGACAAAGUGCAGCUCCUUCUCGCCGCCAACCACGGUGAUCCUCCUCAUCCUGCUCUGCUUCGAGGGCCUGCUCUUUCUCAUCUUCACGUCCGUCAUGUUCGGGACCCAGGUGCACUCCAUCUGCACGGAUGAGACGGGCAUCGAGCGCCUCCAACGAAAGAACCAGCGCAGGCAACGCAGGGGCAGCUGGAAAUCGGUCAAAGAGACCUUCGGCGGGGCCUUUUCCCUGAACUGGUUCAACCCCUUCUCCGGACCGAGUCACCCAAAGCCGCUGAGCGACAGAGACUGGGUGCGACAGGUGUCCUCGGUGUCAGACACGGAGAACACGGAGACCACAACGGAGGAGCCGUCGGAGGAGCGGAAGGACUUGGACUCCGCGGAGGUGGUCGAUGAGUGA